AAAAAAAAAAAAAAAAAAAAAACAUAUGUUGUUGCCAAUUUACGAUACGAGAAACAACUAUUUCGGCUACGGGCAUGUUACCUGUUCGCGACCUUAAUUAUUUCGACCAAAAUUUUUAAGUAUAAAAAAGAAAUUAAAGGUUUUCAAAAAAUUUUAUUUGAUUUUUUUAGUCUAAAACAGUGUGAAUUAUUCCAUAGCCAAUACUUAAAACCUAAUAAAAAAAAACUUCUCACAUAAUAAUGGUAUAAAAAUAAAAUACUUAUUGACAUUAUAUCACAUAACAUGAUCACUCCCACUGCUUUAUUCUCUCCUUUUUCUUUUUGAUAAAUCAUUUUUUUAUUUUAAAAGAAAGAAAGAAAUUGGUCUAUAUUAAUGCAGUUUUGAGAUUCAUGUUGCCCGCAUAAUGAAAACCGAGUUACCUGAGGACUCUACCAAUUUUUUAUCCUUUUAUUAUUUACACACAAUUCGUAAAACAAAUAAAUUUAAAAAAAAAAGAAAAAGAAAAAAAGCCACACUCGGUGGAAAGAGAACCUCCCCUCCAAAGCCCAGUUGCCACUCUUUCCUUAAGCCCCACCGCCGUAUUCUCUCUCUCUCUCGCCACCAAAUUAACUAACCUUCCUCUCUUCUUCAUAAUAUAUAUAUAAAAAGCUCAAAACACACACACACACACAUUACAUACACCAUAUAAACGCCCAAAGGAGGAGGAGGAGGAGGAGGAGGAGGAGGAGAAACCCUAGACCUUGUCGCUGCGACGCGAGGACACUGGACUGAUCAUCAGAAAAAGAAAGAUGCCCCAUGACGACGGCGGUGCCAGCGGAAAACCCGAGCGGCGCUACCACGGGAGCGGCGCCGGGCGCGCGGUCUGCUCGGGCGUGCUGGCGUUCGUGGUGAUCGCGGGGAUUGUGGCGCUGGUGCUGUACCUCGUCUACCGCCCCUCCCGCCCCCGCUUCUCCGUCACCGGCGCCGCCAUCUACGCCCUCACCACCAACUCCAACGCCACCGCCGCUGCCAACCCCUUCGCCUACCCGGCCAACCCCCCCGCCGUCGUCGCCACCAUGCAGUUCACGCUCCUCGUCCGCAACCCCAACGACCGCUCCGCCGUCCGCUACGACCGCCUCUCCGCCUACGUCUCCUACCGCGACGAGCCCCUCACCCUGCCGACGCCGCUGCCGCCGCUCAUCCAGGCAAAAAGCCCUCCUUUUCUUUCUAAUUAUUAUUAUUAUUAUUAUUAUAAACAACCUGCUCGGUGGCGGUGUCGCCGGUUCUGGGGGGCGGGCCGGCGGUGCGGUGCGGCACGUGACGGGGACGGCACGGACGAGGCCUACGGCGUGGUGGCGCUGCGGCUGGUGGUGCUGGGCCGGGCCAAGUUCAAGUCGGGCCCGUUCCACAGCAGGUGGUACGGCCUCUACGUGCGCUGCGACGUCCUCGUC